AUGGCAAGAACAAGCUAUUUCAUCCUUUGUGGUAUGAACAUCGUAACACUCUUCAUUUCAAUGACCAUUGUAGCUCAUGUUUCCAAUGCCUGGAAAUUACCUAUGCAAAUCUAUGGCACUGGAGCUUAUGCAAGCUUUCUUCAAAUUCCAGUCCUCAUACUAGGAGCUGCCCUUUUGAUCCUUUCAGUUGUGGGAUUGAUUGCUUUCUUUUGUCAACUAAUCUUUCUUCAAAGAGUGUAUUUGUGGAUUAUGCUUUUCAUCAUGAUCACUCUCUUAAUCUUCAUUAUAUUUUCCUUGCUUGUAACCAAUAAAGGUCCCCAAGAGAUUGCUUCUGCAGGUAGACAGUUUAGGCUUGAUGAAUUCUCUUCCUGGAUGCAAACUCAUCUUGUGGGUCAAAAUCAUUGGUCUGGAAUCAAGAAUUGUUUGCUUGAUUCUGGAGUUUGCGACAGCUUUCAAAAGAAGUUGGAUGCCUUACCUGCUGCUGUCUUAUGGGAGGUCGUGAACCCUGUAGAGUUAGGUUGCUGCAAGCCCCCAUAUGGCUGUGGUUACAAAUUCAAGAAUUUGAGCUAUUGGGAAGUCCCAAAUUCAGGAUUUCAGACAAAAGACAAGGAUUGCUAUUCAUGGGGGAAUGAUAAGGAAACAUUAUGCUAUAAUUGCACUUCUUGCAAGGCUGGAUACCUUGACGAUAUGAGAGAAAAUUGGAUGGCCUUAAAUAUGUUCAACAUAUUUGUUGUCAUUUACCUCCUUGUCCUAUUUCCACUUGGACGUUUCUCCUUACAAAACCACCCAGAAACCACUUAUAAUAGUUAUAGGUCUGCGUGUUAA